GGGGCGAUAGUGCCUGGCAGGGAGGGGAGAGGAAGUGUGCAGUCCGGGCAGACCCUCCUCCAGUGGCAGCCUGUGUACUGCUUGUUGUGUCCCAGCACAGACACGGAGAUCGGGGCUCCUGUACUCCACCAUGAUGGCUGAUCACUAGGCGCUGUCACCCCGCACUGCCUUCCCUGACACUCCAUACAGACUCCGGAGAGGAGACACACACCUGCCUGGACAUGGAGUCCGCAUCGAAUGAUCGGACCCAGUUGCCCAGAAACAUGAUUGAAAAUAGCAUGUUUGAAGAGGAACCAGAUGUGGUUGAUCUGGCCAAAGAGCCUAGUUUAAAUCCCCUGGAAUCCGAAGAAGUAGAGUAUGAACCACGGAGCUCACGAUUAUUGGUGCGUGGUUUGGGGGAGCAUGAAUUGGAUGAUGACGAGGAGGAUUAUGAAUCUUCAGCAAAGCUUCUGGGCAUGUCAUUCAUGAACAGGAGUUCAGGUCGGAGUAACCCUGGGAACUUCAGACAGGUUCAGGAAGGACUGUGUCCUUCACCUUCAGCAAGGACAGUGAUGGUGAGCAUUGUGGUGGUUGUCAUUGUAGUGUCCAUAGUGACAGUGGUUUACCUGCUUCCAAAGUGCACAUUUACCAAAGAUGGAUGCCAUAAGAAAAACCACACAAUGGAACUGAUUUACCCUAUAGCUACUAACGGGAAGCUGUUUCCCUGGACAAAAAGCAGACUUCCAAACGCAAUCAUACCACUGGAAUAUGACAUUACUCUGCACCCCAAUCUGACCACCAUGACCUUUUGUGGUAGUAUUAGGAUUAAAAUGAAAAUUAUAGAGGACACCAAGACUGUUGUACUUCAUAGCUCAGGUCUACAAAAUAUUGAGGCAAGUUUCAAUGCAACUGGAGAGGCCACUCGCAAGCUCAGCGUUUUGGAAUACCCAACAUUUGACAUGAUUGCAAUGGAUUUACCGGAAAAACUAUCAAAAGGAACGGAAAUUACAGUCAAUCUUGAUUAUUGUUCCAAUUUUUCAAGUUCUUAUUAUGGAUUUUAUAGAAUCUCCUAUGUGGAUGAAGUUGAUAGCAAAAAGUGGCUUGCAGCGACACAGUUUGAGCCUCUUGCAGCAAGAAAAGCUUUUCCAUGCUUUGAUGAACCAGCAUUUAAAUCCACAUUCCAAGUGAAGAUCAAAAGAACCGAAACGCAUAUUGCUUUAUCAAACAUGCCCAAGACAAGCACAACCACACUCCCGGAUGGGCUGUUUCUUGACGAGUUUGCAACCAGUGUGAAAAUGAGCACCUACCUUGUCGCUUUCAUUGUGUCCGACAUGAAGAAUUCAUCUAUCAGUGUAAAUGGAACUCUUAUAUCUGUCUAUGCCAUACCACAAAAGGUCGAUCAGGCACAGUACGCUCUGAGCGCAGCAGCGACACUGCUGGAAUUUUAUACACAAUAUUUUGGAAUUCACUAUCCACUCUCAAAAUUAGAUCUGAUAGCUAUCCCUGACAUCCAGGCAGGAGCAAUGGAAAACUGGGGUCUCAUCACCUUCCGAGAGACCACCCUGCUUUACAAGGAGAACUCCUCUUCACUGAUGGAUAAACAGUUCAUCACCACUGUCAUUGCUCAUGAGUUGGCACAUCAGUGGUUUGGGAAUCUGGUCACCAUGGAGUGGUGGAAUGAUCUGUGGCUUAAUGAAGGAUUUGCAACUUUCAUGGAGUACUUUGCUCUGCAGUCAAAUUUCCCAGAGUUAAAUGCUGAUAAUAACUUCUUAACAGCCCGUUGUGAUGCCAUGGAAAAGGAUUCUUUACAAACAUCUCAUCCCAUAUCUACUGAUGUACAGUCUCCAGAGCAAAUUGAGGAAAUAUUUGACGACCUUUCUUACAUUAAGGGUGCUUCUGUUCUACUAAUGCUUAAAGCAUACCUGUCUGAGGAGAAGUUCCAUGAGUGUGUCAUGCAGUAUUUAAAAGAACAUCAAUAUGGAUCGACAAAGAGUGAUGGUCUAUGGGACAGUAUGAACCUGGUCACCAAAUCCAAUCCAGAUGUGAAGAACAUGAUGAGGACCUGGACACGGCAAGCUGGAUAUCCUCUGGUGACGGUGGCGAGGAAGGGGAAGGAAGUGUCAGUGAGUCAGAAGCGAUUCAUACGAGCUGUAAAUCCAGCCAUUGCCACUGGGAACUCCAGUACCAUAUGGCAUGUACCUCUAUCCUAUACCUAUGGUCCUUGUGACGGAACUUCUUGUGAAUCGGUCCACUUACUCAAUCAAACGGAGGAUAAAAUUGUUCUCCAAAGUGAGCCAUCCUGGUUGAAGUUUAACGUGAAGAUGACUGGAUACUACAUAGUGGAUUAUGGCCCAGAAGGCUGGAACGCUCUCAUUGAUCUACUCCAAAAUAAUCACACUCUUCUAACUGCAAGUGAUCGAGCCAACUUGAUCCAUGACAUAUUUGCUCUGUCUAGUGUAGGUAAGGUUAACCUGACAAAGGCGAUGGAUCUCAUUCAUUACCUUGUGAAUGAAACAGACAUUGCUCCAAUUAAACAGGCAGCUGUCCAGGUUUCGCGCAUUCAAGAUCUUCUAGCUAAACUUGGUUACAAGGAUAUGGCUUAUCGAUUGAAGAAUCGUCUUGUGGACCUACUAAAUAAACUUAUAGACAAACAGACAUGGAGUGAUGAAGGAUCUUUGUCUGAACAAGAGUUGAGAUCAUUACUUUUGAAAUUAUCUUGCUCCAUUGGACAGGAUAACUGUAUAGGAAAUGCCACUGAGCUGUUUAACCAUUGGAUGAAUGGAACACGUCUUCCAACAUCGGUCAUGAGCAUUGUAUUUAAAGUUGGAGCUCGCACAGAAGAAGGAUGGGAGUAUCUCCUGAAAAUGUACAGCGUGUCCUUAUCUGAGGCGCAAAAGAUGAAAAUGCUGGAAGCUCUUUCAACUACGGACCAUGGCGAGAAAUUAAUCUGGUUGAUGGAGGCUGGUCUUCGUGGAGAUGUUAUAAGAUCACAGGAUUUUCCAAUUGUUGUUCGCUUCAUUAGUGAGAAUGUUCCUGGAUUUAUUUUGGCUUGGAACUUCGUCAAGCAAAAGUGGGAUGACAUCACUCAGAAAUUCCCACCAGGAUCAUAUCCAAUACAAUCCAUUGUCACCAAGACCACUUCACAGUUUGCCACAGAGGUGUAUUUAAAUGAGGUUGUCACAUUCUUCAACUCGACAAAGAGCACUAGUAGAGACAUGUGGUGUGUGAAGGAGGCCAUCGAAAGCAUCAAACUGAACAUUCAGUGGAUUAACAACAACCUGGACAGCCUCAACAGUUGGUUGUAGAGAUCAGUCGGCAAAGCUAGUUUCACAUUAAAGCUCUUGUGAUCUAAUGUUUAAGCACAGAAAGAGACAGGCAUUCUGCAAUGCUGUAUGGACUAUGGGGAAGGCUCCUCGAUAGCUCAGGGCUUAAAAAAAAAAAAACACAUCCUGUAGACUGAGUGACUUUUUGAGGAGAGACUGUAUUUAUUCUGAAGCUGUGAUUGUCACACUGUCACUAUGCAGGGCAGGACUGUGCCUUGUGUGGCUACAGUAGCAAAGCAAUUUGUGAAACCACUGCGUGUUUUUAAAUUGCCUGUUAAAUUUUCUUGAAGAUUAUAUGCAGUUUAUGGCCACAGCACAAAUUCAUUGGGAGCGUGAAUUUAUUUGCCAUGUAAAUAAUGAAUAUAGCCAUAGUCACUAUGGAAAGUGGGAUUUUUUUUUUGCCGCUACAGCAGUACUUCUGUUACCAUUGAUCACAUUUUAACACUGGACAGAUUUUUUUUUUUUUUUGUUUGUUUUUCUUUUUACCUUGUUUGAAAAAAAAUAUUAAUGUGUUAAAAGCGCCUAGCUGCCUUUUUCAUCCCUCAGGUUUUGCAUUUAGCUGUGACGCUUUUGAAUAUUGUACAUUGUAAGACUGUAUAUGAUACAUUAUCGAUUUUCUGACCUUUUACAUGACGUGUUCUGCAUAUAAAGCUGCAUGUUUGCAGACCAGAUUCCAGUGUGUGUUUUGCUACAGGUAAGACUCACCUAUUGCACUUCCCUAACCUGGCUGCUGACACAUAAGGCACGUCACAUCUGCAUAUGAAGCACUUAAAAUAGUUACCGUUAUCAUUAGGUCUUAAAUUUUGUUAUGGCAGCUGUUCGUUACUCAAGAUUAAUUUCGAUUUCAUACUGAGACAUAAAGUUAUUUUGCUUUUGGGGAAGCCUCUUGUGAUAUGGGGAUGAAUGAUCCCUCUCUAUUCCUGGGCAGUUUAGAAGCUGCAUGUGCAUGGUAAAGCAGCAGUUAAUGCACUAUAUUUGAAAAGCCCAUGUGAGCUAGAGAAGACCUAGUUGAGCGUUAUGCUACUUACAGCUUGAGGUUAAACGUUAACCAGGAUUUAAAAGCAGUUCACAGUACAGUAAAACAUAUCCUACCAAGAAUUCCUUUUUGGUUAAUCCAGAAAGCAUACCACUAAAUGAAGCUACUAGAAGUCAUAUUUUCUUAGUAUGUUGCUGUUGCAUUGCUGGGAACAAGUUCCAAUCAAAAGAUUGGGUUUAGUUACAUAAUGCAGAUUAUUUGAGGUAGGCAAAUGCAUAAUUUAUCAGGGAAAAUUGCAAAUGGGGCCUGGUACUAAGACAAAUCUGAAUAUGAUUUUAUCCAGUAAAUAGGCCCAAGCCUAUCUGUUGCUCUAAUUAAAUCAAUAAAAAAAAAAAACUAUUUCUAUACUGAAACGUCAGUCCAUUUAUCGCUAAACAGCUGUAGCUCAGUAUGAAAACCGUUAAAAUAAGUGAUCAUUGGCUAAAAUUUGUCAUACAGUUAAGCCAGGUACAUGCAUGAUUCAACAUGUAUAAGGGCAACUUUCAGCAAGUUUUGAGCAGAUUUCUUAAAUUCUCUAAGAACCUAUGCAAAUGCUCACCAAAAGCUUGCUCUGCACGGUGCUCUUAUACAAGCUGAUGCCCAUGAUUACAAGACUUUCCAUGCUUUUUCAAGAUUAUUGCAACAAAUGGCUGUAAAAUAAGAUUGUGUUUAUUGAGAUCCUAGUUGUGAAAUUUGGAACCAUUGUUGUCACAUCACAAGUACUUGUGCUUCAGCUGCUUUGAAGAUGGCCCACUUCUGAUUAAGUGCAAUUUAUCCAAAUCCCUCCUUUUUAUACUAAAAGAUGCGUCCAGCCAAAACAAAUAUUUUAUGUGAUUGCACGCUUUUUAGGUUGAGCCAUCUGGCUUUUUUUGGGGGGAUUGAAGCUUCCCCUCCAGAGUUACUCAACUUUGCGCCAUUGUAAAAGAGGGCUGGGGGCUCAGCACUUGUGUUUUAGAAAGAAUUAAGAUGCCAGUGAGUAAUUCAAUAAAUCCACACCUUCCCAAAUGCAGAAUAUACGUUUUGUCUGGACUGGCCCUAUAAAGGGAAAUCCUUUGUCUGUACCAUCUUUUCAACACAAAAUAAUAAUGCCGUUUUCUUGCAGAUUGUCAAAUCUUCUGAACUUAAUUUUACAUAAUUUUGACGAUUUGAAAGUCAUAUGACAAUAUGUUGUUUAUAACUUUUGAUUUUCUGUAUUUUAGAAUCUUUGUAGAAUCAUUCACUGAAAAAAACAAAAAGCGUUCUCUUGAAAAUAAUUGCUACUUUUUUAUGCAUCUGAAUUAUAGUGCUUGCACAGAAACCUGUAUAGAUAAUCUAAACUCAUUUUUAUGACCCAGUUAAGGAAUGGUGCUUUUUUGUCCACCAUGGAGGAAGCAGGUAUGUACAGCCCCUCUGGGUACCGCACAAACUUCUGCAUCCUGGCAAGUGAUUUUCUAAUACAGCUUUCAUGUUUUGUUUAAAGAAACAAAUAAACCGUGCUAAUAAAUGUUUGAAAAGAUGAA